AGACCCAAUCUCAACACCCAUAUUUUAUUGGAUCUAACUAAGAUAAAUUUUAUUUAAAAAAUAUUAUAUUGGAAUCUCAAUCAAAUCAUAUUAAAACCCUAUUCAAUUUAUUUUUGAGCUAUAUUUAACGAACUUUGGAUCCUAUUUACUCAAUUUUAUACUUUGCACUUCAAAUAAAUAGUUCACAAUAAAAGAUAAAUAUAUUUUAGUUAAAAAAAUUAAUAAUGAGCAAAUUUAAUAAAUAGGGCGUGAAAAGAGAUUUUUCUGAAAUACUCUCCGGUGCUGCACUUCCAAUCGAUAUCUCGUCAGGGUGAAUAGGUUUGUAGAUCUGUCGUUUGAUUCUGCCAUGAAGCUGACAUGUUUGAGCAAAGGGAGUGGCGUCCAUUUCCCGCCCUGCCACAUGGUCGAGCUUUGUGGCCUUCGCCUCCUCCUCGAGUGCCCCAUUGAUCUCUCAGCCCUUAAUAUAUUCAGCCCGAUCUCAGCUGGCCGUCAGACUGAUCUAUCGGGAUUCAUCAGUGCCGAGCCGUGGUAUAAAACAGCUAAGAACCUGCACCUUUGUGAUGCGUCCCUCAUCGAUGUCGUCCUCAUCUCCUCCCCUGCCGGGAUGCUCGGGAUGCCGUUUCUCACUCGAAACCCUAGAUUUUCUGCUAAGAUAUAUGCCACGGAGGCUACAAUGAGAAUUGGUCGUCUCAUGAUGGAUGAUCUUGUAUCAAUGCAUUCCGAGUACGUUAUGUUUUAUGGUGAUGGUGAGAGGACGGGUUUGCCAGAGUGGAUGGGUUGGGAAGAACUCGGAAGGCUUGCCUUCAAGGCAAAGGAAGCGGUGAUGGGAGAGGAUGGGGAGGAGCUUGGCUGUUGGCUGCCUUUGUACAGUGCAGCCGAUGUUAAUGGCUGCAUGGAGAAGGUCCAGCCUCUGAAAUAUGCUGAAGAAGCUUGCUAUAACUCUACGUUAGUGUUAAAAGCAUUUAGUUCAGGUUUGGAGAUUGGAAGCUGCAAUUGGAAAAUAAAUGCUCCAAGAAGGAACUUUGUUUAUCUUUCGAGUUCCAUUUUUGAGUCCGCUCAAGCAAUUGAUUUUGAUUAUCGUUCACUUCAGGGAGCCGAUAUAAUUUUGUUUUCUGACAUGUCAACCAUAAAUAAUAUAGAAGAAGACUUUAAUCAUAUUGGUGGGAGCCAAAGCGACGUAAACAAGGAUGAUAAAGAUUUGAUUCUAGGUGAUGCUUCAAUCCCCAGGCCAGUUUUGGCUGAGGAUGACACUUCUGAACUUUUGAUGGACAACUGUGAAAUUUUAGAAGAGAAUGACAAAAUGAGCUUUAUAACUUCCUAUAUCAUAGAUUCUGUUAGGGAAGGAGGUUCUGUACUGAUUCCAAUAGGUCGACUUGGAGUAGCACUUCAGCUUUUGGAGCAGAUUUCUGACUUGCUAAAAUCUCUUAGUAUGGAGGUACCUAUAUUUAUUAUCUCCACAACUGCGGAGCAGACACUGGCAUUUACUAAUGCUAUUCCAGAAUGGCUUUGUAAGCGACGCCAAGAAAAGCUAUUCUGCGGUGAGCCAUUAUUUGGUCAUGCUGAGCUCAUGAAAGAGAAAAAGCUUCAUGUGUUUCCUUUGCUUUACUCAUCAGAUUUACUAUUGAAAUGGCAAGAGCCAUGCAUAGUGUUUACGCUUCAUUGGACUCUUAGGCUGGGCCCUGCCAGUCAUCUACUUAGCCGUUGGCAUGCAAUCUCCAGCUGUUUACUUAUUCUGGAGCAAGGAAUAGAUGCUGAAAUGGCACUGUCACCAUUCAAGUCUGUGUCAAUGAAGGUUCUCCAGUGUUCAUUUCUUUCCGGAAUACAGUCUCAUAAAAUUUUUCCACUGCUUAGCAUUCUGCAACCAAAGCUUGUUCUGUUCCCCGAAGAUUUAAGGCCACUUUGUACUCCACAAAAUAACAGCUCAUUUUCUUUCUUAUUUUAUUCUGUAAACUCAACUCUACGGGUGCCGAGUCUGCAAGACGAAUUUGAAGGCCGCUUAAUGACUGACCUUGCAUUUCAGCUGCAACCCAGAAGAUUAUUUUCAAAAGAAAUCGCCAUUGCCAGGCUAAGAGGGAAGCUUGUCCUAAGCAAAGGAAAGUAUCUCUUACUCUCUCCAAAGAAGCCAAUCAAUCUCUCAAGUUUGCGAAUGCUUCUAUGGGGUUCUGUAGAUGCUGCUCGUCUGCUGGUAGCUUUGAAAGAGAAGGGAAUAGAUUGCUCAAUUGAGAAUGAGAAUACCGUUUUAGAUAAAGAUACUCAGUCUCUUCGCAUCAAAGUGUCUGAAACGGCAACGGUCGAAACAAACGGGACUGAAACUACUAUAUGCACAGAAAAUGGAACAAUGGCUGCUUUGAUUCAUGAAACUAUGAGCAGUAUUUGUGAAGGAAUUUGACAGGUAAUGUGUUUGGCUGAGCUUUAUGAUGUUCUGUUAUAAGAUAUGCUUCUUGAUCGUUAUAAUGUAUAGAAACAAAACAAUUGGUAUUUGAUUUUGAGUAGAAUGAAAUAAUAUUAUGCCAGGCAUCAUAGAUAUCAAA